AUGGCGGAGCCGUUUCCACUGCAUGCUGUUUGUGGGUCACUGUGGAAAAAUACCGAUGCCCAAAUAUCAUUUUUAAAGCAUGCUGUUAUGGCUCCUCCUGAUAAGUUUUCAUUUUCACACUGCUCAAGGCAGCUGGAAUAUCAGGAUUUGGGUAGUCUUAGUCGAGGCAAUCAGGCUUGGUACUGCCUUGACCUUUUGGAGGUGUUAUGUCGACUUGCUGAUGCUGGACACAUUGUGUCGGUGCGGUUGAUGAUUGAGGAUCCACUGGGACAUUGCCCUGAACUAUUACUCCUUGGUCUUGGACAUGUCAAGGACACUGCAAAAAGCAAUGUGGUUAAGUAUCUCUGGAGAGUUAACCCCUGCCUUACGCUUGGAGGAUUUGUCGAAGCUCAUUCUGAUCGAAAAUGUCUUCUUAGAAUUGCUGAUCUAUGUCAACAGUUGCAGAUCCUUUCUGCUGUCCUUGAUUCUGCUCCAUUCCCAUUCAACAUUAAACUGGCUGCUGCUGCUUCUAGGAAAGAUCAGGACCUUGUUGGGAAGUGGCUGAGUGAAAAGUCAGAAGUAUACAAGAGCCUUUUUCUUGAGGAAUGUGUUAAUAUCCUGGAAGAAAUUUUGAGCAGCUCCCCCAUGAAAGAACCUCAAGCCGAAGAUAUGAAUAUGUAUUGGCGGUCUUCUCCUCUUUUUUUAGAGGUUUGCCGGUCUCACUCGGGAAAGCAAGUUUCCACCCAGCUACUGGAUAAACACUCUAAGGUCAAUGAGGAACAAAUCAGAGACAUGACUUUGAAAUAUCUCCUUGGCAUUAUUGAAUAUCACAUUGGCAGGCUAGUAAGAGACCAACGGUUCUGUAAGGGUCUCAUUUUCAAAGAAGAACGGAAGCUUUUUGAGCUGAAAGGUCAGAGAUAUGAAUAUCCUCAUGGCAAACCUGACCUUUCGGAAGAAAAAUUUGGUCCUAUUGUACGUAAAUUGAAGACUUUAUCUAAAUCAAAUCAUGAAAGUUUAAAAUGUAUGAAGGAAGGACUACUUGCAUGUUUUAAUAGCGAUCCUCUAUUAUCUGAAGUGAAGGCCAUUAUUAUGGAAAACACGGCAAUUUUUAAGAAGGCUGCUCCAGUUAUUUCCCAGUAUCAUGAUUUCAUUGACAGAGUAAAUACAGAGAUCUCAUGGCUUAAUAGGGCUGCGAAAAAAGCUGAACAUGUUUACGGUCUUCUCUCGGGUCGCCAGCCAGUUUUGGCAGAAUUGGAAAGUCGCAUUUAUGAGCUGAAGAGAAGAGUAACCGUUCUUUCAAAAGAAUGCCCCGAAAGUUUGUACUCGCGGUGUCAGGCUUUGGAUACCGUGGCCAAACUUUGGGAAGACGUUGACCUGCUGAUGAAGGAACUACUAAUGUUUAGACAAGCAGCUGAAGAUCUGUGUCUUAUCUCGAAGAACCUCAGAAGCCUCCUGAGUGAGAAAAAUAUGUAUGCUCACAGGUUCCACAUUACUGAGCAACACAUAAAGAGAGAAAGUCACCAACUGCACGGAGCACUACUUGAUCUUCAGCUCAAGGUGGAGCAGGCAGAGGCAUCUUAUGUGGAGAAGAUGGCUGGACUGUCUGAGCGAGAAACUCGACCCAUGAAGUAUGAAAAAUUAAUUAUUGACAACGCCAUUUCCUGGAGGACUAGGCUGUUCCGUGGAAAGAAUAUACUGGGAACUAUGAGAGAGCAGGGACUAGACAUGUGCGGUUAUGUGUCGACCGUGGUGAUGACAGAGUCACUCUUCAAAAGAGCUUGGCCCUGGCCCUCUGAGUUUGUCAUUAAACUCUCUGAAUAUCACCUCCAAGAUAUCGUGAGGGCCUUUUGUGCCAAAAAUAAAAUGAAAGGCAAGGACACACUUGAUGUUUGUCUUGGAAAAAUGGUAGAGACGGGCGUUGUUAGUGAAAGUACGUACAACGGAGCUGACUUCGACACAAUGGGCUUUGAUAGAUACCGCAUAUCUGAAUUUGAAAAAUUGAAGCCUCCUUAUAUAAAUGAAUCUAUUGAUAAGUUGGAGGAUGGGACAGUUUUAAUCGGAACUUUUGGGAUUACCAAAGGGUAUUUCAGCUUGGGGCCUGAUGAUGUGUACGAUGCUCCAGAAGAUUCUGAGUUUGAGAUAGGCCCAAGUGGAAAAAUCCCAACGCAUGCUGUUGUCAUAGUUGGCUAUGGGGUGACCCUUGCAGGUUUCCCAUACUACGUUUUCCAAAACUGGUAUGGACCAGCUUGGGGCAGAGAUGGCUUCGGCAUGGUAACUGCUCGUAGUAUCAGGCUCAUGUAUGCAGCAGAGCUGUAGAUAGACUAGGAAGUGUGACGAGGCGUAGUGCGGUGCGUGGCUAACAUUUGCGCAGAGCAGCUUUGGUUGGUCAAUGUAGCAGUGGAACUCUUUGUCGUUGUUUGCAUGCGGUUGUCUGCGGCCUCUGGUGGCGUGGGCUAGACCACACGAGUUGUAAAUCAGACCAAGAAAAGCGCUACGUUUAUCUUUUCUUUCAAGUACCAACUCGCCAAGAGAGGUUUGAAGAAGAAUUAUCUUUCUUUGGUAUGUGGCAUGUUUGAUAAAUGUAGAAGGGAAAAAUAACUGAAGAAAUAGUUAUUGCAGCUUCGUGGGGAAAAUGUAUUAACAGAAAGCGAUUACAUGGAUGGUGACAUUUAAUUGUAAUGGUAAAUUGCAAAUUCUCCUUCUAUGGCAGUCUUUGAUGGCAUUCGUGAAUUUGACGAUA